AUGCCUGGACUCACUGGUCAAACGAGCAAGUACGAUGCCAUUCCCGGCCCUCUAGGUUUAGCGUCUGCCUCUCUAGCGGGCAAGGUUGCCCUCGUUACCGGUGCCGGCCGUGGCAUUGGUCGCGAGAUGGCUCUCGAGCUGGGCCGCCGUGGAGCGAAGGUUAUCGUGAACUACGCAAACAGCUCAGAGUCGGCCGAGGAGGUGGUGCAGCAGAUCAAGAAGAGCGGGUCGGACGCGGUGUCGAUCAAGGCCAACGUGUCGGACGUGGAUCAGAUCGUGCGACUGUUCGAGGAGGCAGUCAAGGUGUUCGGCAAGUUGAACAUCGUCUGCUCCAAUAGCGGCGUGGUGUCGUUCGGGCACGUCAAGGACGUGACGCCCGAGGAGUUCGACCGGGUGUUCAGCAUCAACACGCGUGGGCAGUUCUUCGUGGCACGCGAGGCGCACAAGCACCUCGAGGUCGGCGGGCGGCUCAUCCUCAUGGGCAGCAUCACGGGCCAGGCCAAGGGGGUGCCCAAGCACGCGGUGUACUCUGGUAGCAAGGGCGCUAUCGAGACCUUCGUCCGCUGCAUGGCGGUCGACUUCGGCGACAAGAAGAUAACCGUCAACGCGGUCGCGCCCGGCGGCAUCAAGACCGACAUGUACCACGCCGUCUGCCGGGAGUAUAUUCCCGGCGGCGACCAGCUGGACGACGAAGCCGUGGACGAGUAUGCCGCGACGUGGUCGCCUCUGGGACGAGUCGGCCUCCCCAUCGACAUCGCGCGCGUCGUGUGCUUCCUAGCGUCCCAAGACGGCGAGUGGGUCAACGGCAAGGUGCUCGGCAUCGACGGCCACGCGAUGAUGUAG